AUGUAUUCACCCUCACAAAGCGGAAAUGACUUGUUAGUGGAUCAACACUGCAUCACAUGGAUCAAAGGUGUGAUUCAAGACAAGUUAGCAAAAUCAAAAGAAAUGUCUCUGAAAUGGACAUCGGAUAAUCAAAAAACAGCAUCAGACUUUCUGUUGCAUGAGGAAAAUCAAAUUUUGUUUGCGUUUGUAAAUAACAAUCAAUAUAUAACAACAAUGAAUUAUGAGCAAGCAAAGAAGGGAUCAUGGGAGUUACUAUUAUUCUUUUUGAAAGAUUCUUCGGAAGGAGAAAAGAUAACGCUUGACAACAUUUCCAGUGUCAUGUCCUUUGGAAUUUUGACCCAAGAACUACUCGGUGAUUUUCUGAGCCUAAUGAAGAACUACUUUUCACCAGAUUUGAUUGAAUGUAAAACUAAUUGGCCUGAAAGUCUUCAAAAGGAUUUUCUCUCUCAACUUCAUAAAUUCAUGGCCUAUCUUACUGAAACGUAUCACAGAUCGAAAGGCUCCACUGUCCUCUACGUUCCUAUUGAGGAAAUUGAUAUUGAAAAUGCAAAGAAUCAAAAAGACCUCGUUCAAAGAUUAGAGGCUGCCUUGAUGCAUUGGACCACUCAAAUUAAAGAAGUGGUUAGCGAAAAAGAUUCGUAUGGAGAGCAUGGAGACAAUGCUCGACCUCUCUCGGAAAUUGAAUAUUGGCGAUCAAGAGCAGACGAUUUGAUAAAUAUCAAAAAACAAAUCCAAAGAGAAGACGUUCAAAAAAUAGUAACCGUGCUUUCGGGAUCUUCAUAUCUCAACACCUUUGAAAAGCUUUCAACAGAAAUUCAAAAAGGGUCUGAUGAAGCAUUGGAUAACUUGAAAUUUCUGAGAGCACUUCAGGAACCUUGUGAACGGUUAGCCUCUUGCGAGCCAUCUCAAAUUAUAGAUAUUGUUCCAGAAAUUUUGUGGACUGUCCAAUUAAUCAACGCAAAUUCUAAUAGCUAUAACACAUCCGAAAGAAUUUCUGGAUUAUUGAAGAAGAUUAGCAAUGAAAUAAUACACAUCUGUACAGGUAAAAUAUCGCUGACCAAUAUUUUUAAUGGAAAUGUCGAGAAGUGUAUGGAGACAUUGAAUCAAAGCAUUAGAGCCGGAGAGUUUUGGAAGAGAUUGUGUCUCGAUGAGAGUGAUGUAGAAGGGUUUAAUUAUGACAAGAGCAGCGUUUUCUCGGAAAUUGACGCUUUUGUUGUAAGAUGUGGCGAAUUAUUGGAAGUUUGUGAAGCUCAAUUACAAUUUGGUUGUUUUUCUGUGUCAACAGACAACAGCACUAACGGACUCCCUAACUUUGGCGGAACUAGAGGACCUGAAAUAACAAAAAGUCUCGUAGAUAUUAGAAUCUCUUUCCAAAAGCUAAUUAAUGACUUGAGCAAUCUCAAAUAUCCAAUACUUGAUGUAAAAUCUACAAAUUGGCACGAUGAUUACAAGAAAUUUAAGAAUGGUAUCAAGGAUUUGGAAACUAUGAUGCACACAAUAAUUACCAAUGCAUUCGAAACUGUUACAGAUAUACAAAACGGUAUUGAAUUGCUAGAGGCAUUUUCGUAUUUAGCUAAGAGAGAAUCUAUUAGACGAAGUAUUGAUUCUAAAACUCAACUUAUUUGUCUCAAAUUCAUCAAAGAAUUAGAAGAUGUACAAAAGAUUUUUGAGCUCAACAGAAAAAAUCCACCAAUACCAUUUAUUUAUCCUUCAUACUCUGGAUCAGCACUUUGGGCAAAGAGAUUACAAGAUAGAAUUAAGAGAGACAAGGCAAUCUUGGAUCGUGCUCACUUUUUGACGAGAACAAAAGAACACUUGGAGGUAGACAAGAAAUACCAACAAGUUUAUUCAAACCUAGAAAAGCAUAUACUUUCCAUGUUUGAGGCAUGGAGUCAUUCAUUUCAAGGUUCUGAAUUACAUUUGAAACUAGAAAUACCUCUGUUAACCAAAAGAGACGGACUUUUAUCGGUGAAUUUUGAUCCUAGUCUCUUAAACAUUUUUGAGGAGGUUAAAUAUUGGCAAAGAUUUUCCAAUUUUGACAUCAAUGCCCAAGCAUUGGAACUCUACUGCUAUGCAGAUAAGAUGCGUCUGUACAGAGAGAACGUAAUGCUCGUAGCUAGGGAUUAUAAUACCAUUGUAUCUUGUCUUUCAGAACAAGAAGCCAGGUUGUUUGUGAGAUAUAUUAAGGAAAUUGACAAACAAAUACUUCCUGGAUUGCAUACGCUAGGAUGGACAUUAAAAAUGCACAACGAACAUUUCAUUUCAGAAUCAAGAAAGAAAUGUAAAGAGGUGAAGGAUAUCAUUACUGACUUUAAAACGAAUGUUACUCAAAUUUACCUCAAUUGCAAGAAAAUGGCAGACACUCUGCUGAUCAAGAUUGAAAAUAAGAAAGUCUAUGAUGGUGAAUCAAACGAAUUUGAGAGAGAACAAGAGACUUACCGAAAAAUUGUUAAGGAAGAGCUGGUUCGAUGCCAUGAAAAUAUCGUUUCUAGAAUGGUCAAGUUAUACAGCUAUUUUAAUACUGCAGGAAAUGAUAUUUUUGAAGAAUGGUGGUCAUUUGUGGAUCAUGUUGAAAGAAAAAUUGAUCAAUCGCUUCGAUUAACGGUUAAAAGAUCGUUACAAAGACUUCUCAACUCCAUCAACGGAAUUGAUUCAGAUAAAACUACUGAAGGAAAUGGAGGAUUAAAUAGAAAUCCUCUCUUCCUGGUGAGAGUUGAUUUGAAAGAGGAAAAUGAAGAUGAAGUGAAUCCAGGUUUAACUCCGAAUAUUAAGGAAUUAAUGACCAUGGUAACAGGUGUCAACGGUGAAACAACCAAAGUCGUUACCAUUGUUCCGAGAUUGAAGAAUGUACUCAAGGGAAUGUUGCUGGAACAAGUUCGUAAGGAACGACCAGAGUUAGAAGAUGACAAGAUUGAUCCUCAUUUAUUCGUUCCUGAAGAAGGAUCCACUAAUUACUAUGAUAAGAACAUUGAAAUUGAUCCAGACAUUAUCAAAUCGAUUGUCUCUAUUAUGGAAGGAAUGGAUGCAAUUACUUCCAGAGUUACAGAUAAUCUCAACGAAUGGAAAGACGCUUUCAAAAUUAUUUGGAGUGUUGAUAAGGACAACUUUAUCAGAAGAUUUGGUAUCCCUCAUAACCGUACUGCCAAAUCUUUUGAACAGGAAAUUGAAAAGUAUAAGCAAUAUCAUCAAGAUAUUCAAAACAAAGAUCCUACCAUGUACAUUGGAUAUUUACAACUCGAUUUUAUGCCACUCAAACAGACCUUAUUUAUGGAAUGUAAUUUAUGGCAAUCCAAGCUGCUAGAUCUUCUUCAUACCAACUCCAAGAAGGAAUUAGAUAAGAAUUAUGAGUUAUUCGAAAAGAAUGGAAAGUUGUUAAGAGAAGAACCAAAAAAUUUGGAGACUUUGGAAAAGAAAAUGGAGUUGGUUUCAAGAAUGGAAACCGAAUAUCCAAAGAAGAAGGCUGGUUUCUCUCCCUUGUACGACCAAUAUGAACUACUUCGUAAUUAUGAUGUGAAAAUUGAUGAAAGCGAACAGGAGAACCUAGAUAUGCUCACAGAAAACAGUAAUAGAUUCGAAGAGUUGAUUGAAAAAGCUAAAGGAGAGCUAGAAAACCAAAAAGAAACGUUCCGUAUGAAACUGAGAGCAAAUGUAGAUAUCUUUGCAAACACACUCUUGCAGCUUAAGGCUGAAUUUGAGAACUCGGCACCAUUUUCAUCUCAGUACACUUUUAAAGAUGCCAAGGCAGUUCUAGACGCAUUUAGAGAAAAAGUGGAAAUGAAAAAGAAAGAAGAGGAGAAACUUAAGAACGGCCUUAGAAUAUUUAAUAUGCAACCUCAACAAUAUAAGGAAAUUAAGGAUGUUUCCAAGAAUAUUGAGUCUCUAGAAAAAGUCUGGAUCAUCAAAAAUGAAUGGGACAAAACCUAUGACGAAUGGAAAGUUAUGCCUUUCACAAAAUUGAACAUUGAAGAAAUGGAAAAUGUUGCCUCUGGAUUAACUUCAAAAUUAACAGCCAUGGGUCGAGAAGUGAAAGACUGGGGAGUUUACAAUACACUUGUUGACAAGUUAAAGCUAAUCUCCAAGGUAUUACCAUUGGUACAAGAACUUAAGAAUCCAGCAAUGCGAAGACGUCAUUGGAAUGAACUAAAAGAUAUUAUCAAACAAGAUUUUGAAGAAAACUCCAAAGACUUUAACUUUGAGAAAAUUUUCAAACUUAGUUUGGAAAAUUAUGUGGACGACAUUUCUACCAUUUCUCAUAGAGCUAGCCAAGAACUACUUAUUGAGAAAGAAAUUAAGAAGAUUAGUGAUAUUUGGUCCAACACCACUCUUGACAUUGUACCAUAUAAGGAGAUUUAUUUCAAGCUUCAAUCAGUUGAAAAUAUUUAUAUGAAUUUAGAUGACAAUGUUGCAUCAUUGGGAAGUAUGAAACUUAAUCCAUUUAUUACUUCAUUCCAAAGCGACGUAAAAUUCUGGGAGGAAACGCUUGCUAAAAUUAAUGAAGUGAUUGAUCUACUCAUAUUGGUACAAAGACAAUGGAUAUAUUUGCUCAACAUUUUCGACGUGGAAGAUAUUCAAAAACAAUUACACAAUGAGUUUGGAGUAUUCAAAUCUGUCAACUCAAGUUGGAAGAAUUUAAUGAAAUCUCUCAGUGAUAACAAGGGAAUUGUUGCAAUUGCCAAGAGGGAUGGUAUUAAUAUUUUACUCACAGAAAUGAAUGCAAAAUUAGAACAAAUUCAAAAGCAGCUUGAUGGAUAUUUGGAGUUGAAACGUCAAGAAUUUCCAAGGUUUUAUUUCUUGUCUGACGAUGAUCUACUUCAAAUCUUGGGUCAAAGCAAAGAUCCAAACGCCAUGCAAAGACAUUUAUCUAACCUAUUUGAAGGUAUCAAAUAUCUUAAAAUUGAAAAGUCAAGUGAUUCUAGACAAUUUGGGUUUUUCGCUAAAAGCUUCAUGAGCAAGGAAGGUGAACAAAUUGAAUUUAAUCAUCCUGUUCCAUUAGAGGGCAAUGUUGAGAAGUGGCUUUCUCAAGUAGAGUCUUCCAUGAAAGCAACUAUUAAGAGAGGAAUAUUGAAGUGUUUCUCUGCCUUGAAAAACUAUUCACAAGAAUCAUCAAGAGAGUCUUGGAUUAAGGAAUGGCCUGGUCAAUUGACUCAUGUUGCCUCUCAAUUAUUUUGGACUAAAAAGAUUUACAAUGUACUUUCUAAACAAAAAGAACCAGCCAAGAUUCUUAAAGAAAUGAAAGUAAGAAUUAGAGCAGAAUGGUUAGAGUACUUGAAUAGUUAUAGCUCUCUAAGUAAGGAUAUGAAAGGUCUCGAUCGAAUGAAGAUCAUUUCAUUGAUUACACUUGAAAUUCAUUCAAGAGAUGUAAUUGAUCGAUUGAUCAAGGCAAAAGUAACCUCAUCGGAUGAUUUUGAAUGGUUGAAACAAAUUCGAUAUGAAUGGGAUGAAGAGAAAGAUGGGUGUAUCAUCAAACAAAACACUACUGAAAUUGAUUAUGGAUAUGAAUACAUUGGAAACUGCAGUAGAUUGGUCAUUACACCUUUGACUGAACGAUGCUUCCUUGCUCUCACUACUGCACUUCAGUUAAAGAAGGGUGGAUGUACCUCUGGUCCAGCAGGUACAGGUAAAACAGAGUCUGUGAAGGAUUUGGCAAAAUCGAUCGGAAAACAUACACUCAUUCUGAACUGUUCCGAUCGAUUCGAUUAUCAAUCCAUUGGAAAAACAUUCUCAGGAAUUGUACAAAGUGGUUCAUGGUCUUGUUUCGAUGAGUUCAAUCGAUUGGAAUUGGAUGUACUAUCCAUUGUGGCUCAACAAAUUCUUCAAAUUUUAAAUGCAGUGUCUAUGGGAGUGGAUAGUUUCAUUUUUGAAGGCAAUGACAUUCGAAUCAAUCCAACCUGUGGUAUUUUUGUGACCAUGAAUCCAAACUAUUUGGGUCGGUCUCAACUUCCUGAUAAUUUGAAGGUACUCCUUAGACCAGUAUCCAUGAUGGUACCUGAUGCUUUACAAAUUUGUGAAAUCAAACUUUAUUCACAGGGAUUUAAAGAAACUCAAUCUCUUUCUAAAAAGAUUAUUACCGUUUACAAUCUACUUGGAGAGCAAUUAUCGAAACAACCACACUACGACUUUGGUUUGAGAAGUAUUUCAUCCUUAUUGAAUGCAGCAGGAGAGCUACGAAGAAAUCAAAUGAGUGAAGAUGAGGAAAUUAUAAUCAUGAUGGCAUGUCGAAGUAUGAAUCUUCCAAAACUCAAGCCCGAAGAUAUUCCAAUAUUUGAUUCAAUUUUAAGAGAUUUAUUCUCCAAUAAGGAAUAUCUUGAAUCAUCCAAUCAACUCUUAUCCGACACGAUCACUCAAUGCUUGUUAGAGCAAAAUUAUCAAGUUUCAAACUAUAUCAUUAAUAAGUGUAUCCAACUAGAGGAAACACUUGCUGAAAGACAUGGCGUCAUGCUCAUUGGUGAUACAUGCUCGGGCAAGUCCACCACUUGGAAGACUUUACAAACAUCCAUUUCAAAGGCAUUUAAGAGUGAAAUCAAAGAGUAUGUGAUCAACCCCAAGUCUCUCAGCCAUGAUGAACUUUAUGGAAAUUAUGACAAGAGCCGAGAUUGGAGAGAUGGAGUAUUCUCAACCAUACUUCGAGAAGCUGUUAAAGAUCAGACCAAAGAAAACAAACACCAUUGGAUUAUUUUUGAUGGUCCUGUCGAUACGCUUUGGGUCGAGUCCAUGAACACUCUGCUGGACAAUACGAAAUUGUUGACCUUAAUUAGUGGUGAUCGAAUUGCACUCACUCCGAAUGUGAAUCUCAUUUUUGAGGUUUCGGAGGUUACCUUUGCUUCACCUGCUACGAUUAGUCGAUGCGGAAUGGUCUUCUUUAAUGCCAAUGAACUUGGUUGGCAACCCAUCGUGAAAAGUUGGUUACUUUCACGAAGAAGAUAUGAAGAAAAGAUUGGUUAUCCUUCUCCCGAUAUGAUUACAGAAUUUUUGAAUGGACUGUUGUUUGAAAAGAAUUACAUUCAAAGAACAUUGGAUGAGAAAAAUCGUCAAACCGAACUCAUUCAUUUAUCAGAUAUUCAUGCAGUCAAGUCCUUUUGUUCCAUGUUUGAUGCUCUUGCUACUGUAGAAAAUGGGCUUGAUCCCAAUGAUCAAGAGUUGUAUCUCGAUCUCAUUAAGAAGUAUCUUGUGUUUUGUUUAAUUUGGACCAUUGGUGCUUCUGUAGAUGAUGAAGGAAGAAAGAAGAUGGAUAUUAUUUUCAGAGAAUACGAUCCUCAAUUCCCAAGUUCUGAUACUGUCUAUGAAUACUUUAUUGAUCCAAAGAGCAAAUUAUGGAAACCAUGGAAUGAACGUGUGAAUACUUCAUGGAAAAUGCAUGCCAAUACUCCUUUCCACAAAUUAAUUGUUCCAACCAUUGACACUGUGAGAAAUUCAUUCAUUAUUCAAUCCUUGUUGAAAGUGAAUCAACAAGUACUCGUUACUGGAAUGCCAGGUGUUGGAAAAACUCUUCAAAUUCAAAACACACUCUCACAAUUUGAUGAACGACAAUAUACCACAUGUGCCAUUUCAUUCUGUGCUCGAACCGAGUCAUCCACACUUCAAAAACUUGUUGAAUCAAAGGUUGAAAAAUCAUUAGAUACCUAUACACCGUAUGCAGGAAAGAACAUGAUUCUUUUUGCAGAUGAUUUCAACAUGCCUGCCAAAGAUGACUAUGGUUCUCAAGCGCCAUUAGAAUUGAUUCGUCAAUAUCUUGAUUAUGGAUUUUGGUAUGAUCGUACCAAGAAUACAGUGAAAAAAUUGAAAAAAGUUCAAGUGUUGGCUGCCAUGGGACCUGUGGGUGGAGGAAGAUCCGAAAUUUCCAAUCGAUUAUUAUCAAGAUUUCAUGUACUCAACAUUACGGCUCCAAGUGAUGUCCAAUUGAAUCGAAUUUAUAGCACUCUUCUGAGUCAGAGAUUAGAAAAAUUGGAAGAAGUGAAAACACUCAGUGAAGAAUUGACUCAUGCUACGAUUGGACUCUAUAAGGCAGUUUCUUCCGUUCUAUUACCAACUCCAAAGAAAAUUCAUUACUCGUUCAAUCUUCGCGAUUUAUCAAAAGUAUUCCAAGGUCUCCUUGUUGCUGAUCAUGAAUCAUUGGAUAGCAAAGAACAAACACUUCGACUUUGGGUUCACGAAUGUUAUCGUGUAUUCCAUGAUCGUCUUUGUGUGGAUGAAGAUCGCAAAUGGUUCAGAGAUAAGGUUGGAGAACAACUUGGUGAUGUGUUUGGAUACAAAUGGAAACGUUUGUAUAGUGGAGUCUAUGAUGAAAUUGCAUCCUCUUGUGCUCCAUCUUCAACUUUACCCAACAAUGGAGAAUAUUCAGCACCACCAACAGUCAUUUCCACUCAAGACUUCCAAGACAGUGAUGGUGUCUAUAAACCAACAUUGUUCGGAGAGCUGUUCAGAGAAAGUUAUGUUGAAAUGGCCUCUAUGGAUGCUUUGAGAAUGGAAAUUGAAGCAACUCUUGCUGAAUACAAUGAAAAGUCCAAUGAAGCACCAAUGAAGAUGGUAUUAUUUAAUGAUGCUAUUGAACAUUUGUGCAGACUUUAUAGAAUUCUAAAACAACAUCGAGGAAAUGCCUUAUUGAUUGGCAUUGGUGGUAGUGGAAGACAAAGUCUAACUAAAUUAGUAUGCUUUACUUUGGGUUACAAAUUAGUAGAAUUUACAUCUUCAACAACCUUUGGUGUAAAAGAAUUCCAAGAUCGUUUGAAAGAUAUUUAUUGGGAAGCAGGUCUAAAGGGUAAAGAUAUUGUCUUGUUAUUCUCAGACUCGGGAAUGACUGACCAUGUCAUGCUUGAACAUUUGAAUAGUAUUUUAAGCACUGGAGAAGUUCCAAAUCUCUUCACUGGAGAAGAAAUUCAAAACAUUUAUGAAACUUGUAAGAAGGAAGCUAUUAUUAGUGGAUGUAAUGAUUUAGUAGAAGAGGUGUAUCAAUAUUUCAUUGAAAAGGUUAGAAAUCACAUUCAUGUUGUAACAUGUAUGAGUCCUGUUGGUAAAUUAUUCAAACAAAGAAUUAGAAUGUAUCCAGCCUUUACCAAAUACUCGACCUUUGAUUGGUACAGCGAUUGGCCAGAAUCUGCUCUCCGAGAAGUUGCCAAUUCAUUCCUUUCAGAAAUGAUUCCUUCACUCGAUCAAUGGAUUCAAAAAGAAUCUUCUGAAUCAUCAUCAGUGAGCAAAUCAAGACCAUCCUCUCCAUCUUUGAACAAACCACACGAGCAACAGAAAGCUCUAUUAGAUUCCAUUUCUGAAGUAUUUUUCAAAGUACAUACACAUGUCAAGACGACCUCCGAAAAGAUGAAAAUUGAAACACAAAGACUUUAUUAUGUAACUCCAUCUCAUUAUUUAAGUUUUGUUACUGAAUUUUGUAUUCUAUUAGAAGAAAAGAGAAGAGAAUUUGCCAAAGCUGUUGAAGACAAUGAGAGAGGAGUUCGAACACUUGAAAAUACCAAUCAAGCCAUCAAGAAGAUGACCAUUCAACUCGAUAAACAACACAAAGAAGUUGAUGAAAAGAAGAAGAAGUGUGAUAACUUGAUGGAUCAUAUUGUUGGAAGGCAAACCGAGUGUAAUAACAUUCGAGGUCAAAUUAGUGUUGAAAAAUCUCAAAUUGAAAGUGAAACAGAAAAAGCCAACAAGCUCUCAGAACAAAGUAGAAAACAAUUGAGUGAAGUUGAACCUCUUCUUGAAAGUGCUGAAGAAGCUCUCAAAUCCAUUCAAGCCAAUGAUAUUUAUGAAAUUAAGAAGUAUACCAAUCCUGCUCCUGAAGUAUUGAAUGUAUUCAAUGUCAUUAUGAUCAUCUUGAAGAAAUCAGAAUCCAAUUGGGAAGCCAUCAAAAAUCAAAUGUCGAAUCCACUCAAAUUUUUGAAUUCUCUUGUGGAAUAUCCAAAGACUGAAAUGACUGAACGAUUGUUGAACAGUAUUCAUAAUGCUAUUGAAAAGUAUGAUUUGACCAAUCUUGAGAAGAUUGAAGCUGCCUCUGGAGCUGUCGUAGGACUUGCAAAGUGGGCCAUUGCUAUUGAAAGAUAUGGUCGUGUCUAUUUAAAUGUAAAACCAAAACGAGAAGCCCUCGAAAAGGCAGAAAAAGCAGCACAAGAAUAUCAAUUGAAAUUGGAAAAGACAACACUUGCUUUGAAAGAAUUUGAAAAGGAACUUCAAGAACUUGGUAAACAAUACGAAGUCACCAAUACUGAAAAGAAACUCAUUGAAAAGCAACUCUAUGAAACGGAGCGCAAGUUAACACGUGCAAAAGAAAUGACCAGUGCUUUGGAAAGAGAGAAGGGAAGAUGGCUCAUGACCAUUCAAAGAUAUAAGAAUGCUCUUAAAAACUUGAUUGGAGAUGUUUUAUUAACUUGUGCAUUUACAAGUUAUGCUGGUCCGUUCACACCCUUGUAUCGAAAUGAACUCGUCUCUUAUUGGACGAGAGAAAUUGUGGAUCAUGGUUUUUCUGUGAGUUUAGAUUUUGCCAUUGAAAAAGUACUUUCCAAAUCAACAACGGUUCGUGAUUGGACCACGCAUGGAUUACCAGUCGACACUUUCUCAAUUCAAAAUGGUGUUCUCGUGAUGAAUGGAAGAAAACACUCGUUAAUGAUUGAUCCUCAAGGACAAGCAAAGAAUUGGCUUAAAAAAUUAUAUGACUAUGAUAAGAAUAAGAACAACAACAAUUUGGACUAUGAUAAGAAUAAGAACACAACAACAAUUUGGAACAUGAUAAGAAUAAGAACAACAACAAUUUGGAACAUGUUGCAAAACUCUUUGUAA